GCGACAGCGACUUGCUACUGGCCUACUGGCAAUGCGACCUACGCCCGCGACGAAUAUGAACACAUGCCCUGCUCCAACGACACCACAUCUCCACUCUCCACUAUCUGCUGCGCUCUGAAUCGCACCAAUCCAUCCGGCGGCGACAAGCUGUACGGCCGGACCAACGACGAGUGUCUCCCCAAUGGCGUCUGUCGAAACCGCGUGCUGGACCACGGCACGAUGCAGGUCAGCUACUGGCGGGAGACGUGCACGGAGAGAGACUGGAAGUCGGGACUGUGCCUGGACGUCUGCUCCGACGACUGGACGAGCGGGAACGGAACCACGGGCGCCGUCAUGACGCCCUGCGACGGAACAGAGAAGUCACUGACCUGGUGCUGCGGCAUAUCGACAGACUGCUGCAAGGACCCGACCAAGGUCAAGACGCUACCUUUCGAGUUCCGGGGCGCGAUCCCCAACACCGCAAGUGCGACGCCUAGACCGCUGGCCUCUGAGACGUCGAGUCCCACUCCCAGUGUGACUGCAGGAGGGGGAGGGUUGACGACGGGCGCAAAGGCUGGGAUCGGAGUCGGUGCUGUGGUGGGUGCAUUUCUGCUCAUCGGAUUGGGAUUCUUCCUCGCGAGGCGG